AUGUCCUCGGCAAGCCACUGGGGGACGUUGAUCAACCCGGAUAAGAGCCCGGCUCCUCUAUUGGAACAGCUAUGUCUGGGCGUCGCGAAAGUGAUGCCGUCUUUCGAUGAUGAUGGUACUACCGAUCUCACGCCUGAACGACUCGCUGCAUUCUAUCGCGUUGUUGGCGGGAACUAUGACCCGCUAUUUCUCGACACGAAGCUUUCAGCGCUAUCAUUCAUCUACCAGUCGCUAGGAUGCUUCCAUAGCAUUCAGCCAUCGAAGAACCCUUAUGAGCCUCCAUCCAUCCCUUCGCUCCUCCCAAAUGGUUUUGUGCGAUGGCAGACAAUACAAUUGUUGCUGGAUCCGGACGAACACGCUCGGCUUCUCCACAACGCAGUGACCAAGUGGGACAUCGCCGGGCCAGAUGGGGAAGUACUCCCCAAGGAGAUUCCCCGGGACGCCUUCCCAUCGGAACCUGACCCAGAAAUGGUGAAAUGGCAUGAGAGCGUCUGUAAGAGACUCGAGGACGACUAUGUGAAGAGAAACAGCAAUCGCACUACGCCUCCAGAUUUCAACGCAUAUCAUUACCAUUUCAGUGGAAAAGACCCACUACCAGACGAGGACGAAUAUCUACCUCACCCUUCAUCUCGCUCGGCAUCGCGCCACCACAAACACUAUGACUCAGACCGGUCCAGUCGACGUCGGAAUCAGCGCCGACCGAGUGCCGAUUAUCCCACCUACACCUCUCGCAAGCCAGAUCCAGCCUACUUUCUACGCCCCGAUGGUGGGCGAUCGGGAUAUACGUCACCACGGGUGAGAUCACCAUCACCUCGACCAGAUUGUGUCCGAAGUUCAAGAGGGCGAGCUGGGAAAUAUUACGGCCAUCCACUCAGCCACGGAAGGAAUGAGGAACCGGUAGAUGAUGUCUCCGAUAUCUUACCUUUCGAUGAAUUUCCCGGACCUAAACAUCGCUCUCGAAAAACUUUGUCACCAGGAUCUCAUGCUCGUGCCCGCCGACACUCUCAUGAUGCCUAUACUCGCAAACCCGUGCGGGAACUUUCGCCCCGACGAAGUCAACGAGCCUAUAGUCGCUCCCCAAAAAAAAGCCAACCAUAUGAUGAAGUUUACGAAAUAAAACACAAGGCUCACCGUGAUGGGCACCCACGAUCACGACCACCACCCGACCUCGAAUUUCGUGAUUUUGGCUUCGACGGCCAUCAUGUUCCUACGGCUCCCGAACCACCCAUAUAUGCUAAAGCUUCACGACCUGUUCAACGUCAUCGCCAUAAUAUAGAUCCAUACCUCGAGGAUAGACGCCGAGAGAGUUACGGUGGUAGUUCCGCGGGAAGUCGACCUGGAAGUGGGAGCAGUGGCUCUGAUCGACCGCGAUCUUUCAGUAAUGCAGGGCCCCAUCCACGAAGCUCUCGCUGGACGAGUCCACAACGGAGCUCCACUACAAAUCGAUACAUCCCUACUGUCGCAGAAGAUAUUGCAUAUGUGGCUCCCCGGUCACGAAGGACGCGUUACGAGUGA